AGAGAGAGAGAGAGAGAGGCAGUCGCUAUCCAGGGACCAAUCGCUCCUCUGUCCACAUCACAGCCACAGGACUUCAGCACCUAGUCGCCUAGUUUUGUGAGAUCCAGCCCUGAUUUCAAUAUUUCAACAUUUUACUAAAAGCAGUGAGUGCAGUGUCAUUAGGGCUCAUUUAAAAACAACUAGACACGGAAUAUACACGACAUUUUCAAAAGAGCUAUUACCUUUUAACCCACUGGAUAGGCUACCUGGAGACGAUGUUGAGCGCGUUUUCUAUCGUUGUGGCUUAGAACAGGUGAACGAAUAGCGACAUUAUCAAAGACCACCAAGAACAAAACACUGAUCAGACACCCGAAGGUGCUGCCCAACAACAUGGACCACACACUCCAGAGACUUCAUCUCCUAGUCCCGACCGUCAUCACUCUCUGGUCUUUCCCCGUCUCGAUGGCUGCCAGUGUGACCCCAAGUGGGUGUGGCUCCAACGUAGGCUCCCUGUACUACAGCCUGUGUGACCUCAGUGCCGUAUGGGGCAUCGUGCUGGAAGCGUUGGCGGCGGCUGGCGUGCUGGUCUCCAUCGUCCUCUUCAUCGUCCUCCUGGCCAGCCUGCCAUUCAUCACAGACAAGAAUAGGAUGUGCUCCGUGGGCCUCCAUGCCUGCUUCCUGGUCAGUACCCUGGGCCUCUUCUGCCUCACCUUCUCCUUCAUCGUAGGGAAGGACUUCGCCACCUGUGCUUCGCGGCGCUUCCUCUUUGGGGUACUGUUCGCUGGGUGCUUCGCGUGUCUUCUCAUGCAGUGUGUGAAGCUGAACCUCCUGGCCCGCAGGGGAGAUCGGGGGCCCCGGGCCUCGGUGCUGUGUCUGGGAGCCCUGGGACUCUGGCUGGUGGAGGUGGUCAUCAACACAGAGUGGCUGAUCAUCACUGUGGUUCGAUAUCCUCUCAACGCUACAGGGAUAGCACUUGGCACAGCCACAGACGUGCCUUGUAACAUCGCCAACCGGGACUUUGUCAUGGCGCUGAUCUACGUAUUGAAUCUUCUCCUAGCUGUCAUUGUGGCUUCCAUACCCACCCUGUGUGGGAAAUACAAACAGUGGCGCAAGGAGGGAGCCUUCAUCCUCGUCACGGGUCUCCUCUCUGUGUUCAUCUGGGUGGCCUGGAUCACCAUGUACGUCUGGGGGAACCUGAGGACCGGCAGACCCAGCUGGGAUGACCCUACCCUGGCCAUCGCCCUGGUCAGCAACGCCUGGGUGUUCCUGAUCCUCUACACCAUCCCAGAGAUAUGCUCUCUGACCGGGGAAGAGGAGGGGGGCGCGCCAGGGUUCGGAGAGGACCUGAGCAGAGGUGUGGGCUAUGAGAAUAUCCUGAGGGAGCAAGGAGCCCAGAGCAUGUUUAUGGAGAACAAGGCUUUCUCUAUGGAUGAGCCCAACUUCGGUCCCAAAGUUGUGUCUCCAUACAGCGGCUAUAGUGGUCAGAGCCACCAUUCUGUCUACCAGCCCACUGAGCUGGCUCUCAUCAGCAGGGGAAUGGGGAAUCAGGAAAUGUCUCACAUCCCCCGAGCCUCCACCAACAACAGCUCCGUGGCCCACAGCGGGGGCAGUAUCCUUUCGGGUCGCACCGACAAGACAGCAGACACGCAGACCCAGCAGGGCCACAGUGGGAAUGGACUGCAGAAGAUAUCCCAGUGGUGAACACAGACUACUUUACACCCCUCUCCUCAAGACAUAUUUAUUGCUACAGUUUCCUCAUGUUGACUCUAUUUUGCUGUUGUCCAUUGCAUCCUUGAUAUGAGCUGGUUUUAACGGGACCCAUCACAAUGAGGCCUACCUGAACUCUGACCUAUCAGCCUAUCAGACUCCAGAGGUGACUUUUAGGUGAACGACAUGAACAGUUUGCCCUUUGUAAAACCCCUAAAGAUUGGAAAGUCCUGUGUACGACAUAACCCUCUAUCGAUAGGUGGACAGUGUCCAACAGGUCUGUCUAUCCCUGUUCCAGUCCCUGCCCCAUCUGUCUGUCUGACAGAAGUCAAAGCAACCCACAGAGCGCAGGCCCAUGGCGUUGGGAGAGAACAAUACCUUUUGCAGAGGUCACCUCUGACUAUGAGCUGAGCUCUCCGCUGGACACACUGUGAAAGAUGAAAUGUGAGAUAACAGCAUGGAAUACUAGUCUCACUCUCUCUUAGCAUGUGGGGGUGUAUUUAGGCUACAAAGAUAGAUAUACAUACACACAGACACACACACACACACACACAAUAGUCACAUACACAGUAGUCACGUGGAAGUGCAGCCAACAACAGGAUCAGUCAAGCGAGGGGGCAACUGGUGUGAUGGGAUAAACCUGUCAUCCCAGUGUUCUCAGAAGAGGACCCCUUAACAGUGGAACAUUCCAUACCUGGAACACCCUCUAUGGUUCCAUGGAAUCUUGGAAAAGGUCUCUUCUGUCACGGGGGAUACCUACCUAACACUAAUGCACUCAUUUAUAGGUUUAGCAUACAGAAAGCGUGUACUUUCAAGCUCUCAAUUGAAGUAAGUGUCAAUAUUAUUAUGUCAAUGUUUAGUGCCUGGCUUGUGAAUGGGUAUCACUUCCAGAAAGUUAAAAUUGCUAUUUCAAUUUGUAGCUAAAGGUUGUUGAAUGACCUAAUGGUAAUGCCAUGCCAAUGAAUGGCUUCUCACUACAUAUGUACGGAAUCACUUGUUGUAUGAAUUGUUGUAUGAAUUUGGAAAUAUGAUAUUUAAGACAUUUACAGUAAUUACUUCUCUUGUAAUCAGUUUUGAGCCAAGACCUGUAAAUGAAAUCCUGAAUGUUCAAUCUAAUAUGAUGUUGUAAAGCAACAGUGAGUGAAUUGAUUGGUUGAACAUACUGUAUCAACAGCCAUUGAUGUCUGAAAGAAAAAUGAAAAUCGAAAUAAACAUUUAAUGGUGAAGUACA